GAAGCGCUUUACGGCUAUAUUAUGCGUCAGAAACAGCGUCUUCCAAAAAGGAAAAAGCUCAUAAAAAGACAACAAAAAUAUAAAAUACAGAUCACCUCCUGACUCCAACCACACCACCCAAAUCAAUCUAGAGAGAGAAACUGAGUACAAGAAUAAGCCAAAUUGCCGAUUCCAAUUCUGGGAUUUCUCCGAUAGAUAGCUAGGUCGAGAAUUAUGCCAAUGUUUAAGGUCCCAGAUCACCAGGUUGCUGGACACCAGGCUCUUAAUGGGCAGCUUGGCCCACUCAUAGACGAAACAGGUUUAUUCUACAAGCCACUUCAGGAGGAUGAAAGAGGCUUAAGAGAAGCUGAAUUCUACAAGACAUUCUCAGCUGAUGUCAGAGUGCCUGAUCACAUACGCAAAUUCUUUCCCAAAUCUUUUGGAACCAAGCUUCUAGAUGCUUCUGAUGGAUCUGGGCCUCUUUCUCACCUUGUUCUAGAAGAUUUAAUGUCAAAGUAUGAAAAUCCAUCCAUAGUUGAUUUUAAGAUUGGGUCCAGAACCUGGUACCCACAAGCAACGGAUGAGUACAUUGAGAAAUGUCUCAAAAAAGACAAAAUAACCUCUAGUCUUUCUUUGGGUUUUAGGAUAUCAGGUUUACAAAUCUAUGAAGGUCAGGAAUCAGGGUAUUGGAAGCCUGAUCGAAAGGUGACAAUAAAGUAUAAACCAGAAGAUGUCAGAAUGGUUUUGAGGAAGUUCGUCUCAGUAAACCAAUCAUCAGAUUCCAAGAAAGAAUCGGGUUGUAGUACAUUUGCUUCAAGUGUGUAUGGUGGUUCUUCAGGAAUUUUGGCACAGUUACAGGAGCUGAAGUCAUGGUUUGAGGAGCAAACAAUUUACCACUUUUAUUCUUGCUCAGUUUUGAUGGUUUAUGACAAGGAAUCACUAGCGAAAGGUAAAGAGGUGGUUCCUGCAAUAAAGCUUGUUGAUUUUGCUCAUGUUGUUGAAGGUGAAGGCAUUCUUGAUCAUAACUUCUUGGGCGGGCUUUGCUCAUUGAUCAAAUUCAUCUCCGACACUAACAAAGAUUGUUUACAGAAUCAAGGGUCCUAGGCUUUCACCAUUUCCUACGGAAUUUGUAUUUUUAGAAUGGGUGAUUUGAUUCUUUUGGCAAUUUCUUUCAAGCCUUUCAAUCAGUAGACGCUGUUUUUAAUUUUUCAUAUGAAUUUAUCUGAACUAUGUGAAUCUGAAACUACUUCUGUAAGGUGAAAAGAAAAGGAAACAACAAAUGUAUAACGAUCAUGCACGGAUUACGUAUCGUUAUUGUUAGAGUUGACCAAGCCAA